GAAAAAUUAAAUAGCUAAUAAUUCUACUUCCGUAUAAAUAUUGCCGGCAAAUUUUGAGCAAAUUUUGGUUUGUCAGCACUAACCAGAAUGGCCGAUUUUGGUUUUGCACGCUUUGGCGAAGAAGAGGAAAAUGAAGAGGAAGAAGGACAAGGAUAUGCUUCCACCACCAAAGAUGGUUUGAUAUUUCUUAUUGACUGUUCCAAAUCUAUGUUUGACAGUGAAGAUGAAGACCAGGAAAGCCAUUUUCAGUUGUGUAUUAAGUGUGCCAAAACAACUCUACAGAACAAAAUAAUCAGCAGCGACAAAGACUUGAUUGGUGUUGUUUUCUUUGGAACAGAUAAAGCCAAAAAUACAAGUGAUUUCAAGCACAUAUAUAUUUACCAGGAAUUGGACCAACCAGGAGCUCCCAGGAUAUUAGAGUUAGAAGACAUGUUGGAAAAUGGCUAUAAGAAGUUUGGUAAAGAUUUAGGACACAGUACAGCAUUUUCCUUACAUGAAGCACUAUGGACCUGCCAAAACAUGUUUUCAAACAGUACACAGAAAGUUGGAUCCAAAAGAAUCCUGUUAUUUACAAACAAUGACAAUCCACAUGCUGGUAGUCCACAGCUUCAGAGACAAGCAAGAACAAAAGCCAGUGAUUUGAAUGAGACAGGAAUUGAUUUAGAACUCAUGCAUUUAAUUCAAGAAGGAGAAACUUUUGAUGUCACAAAGUUUUAUAAGGAUCUGUUGUAUUCAGCUGAUGAUGAAAUUACAGAGUUACCUGAUCCUGCAGAAAAACUGGAGGAGUUAAUGUCAAGAGUUCGAACAAAAGACCAUAAGAAGAGAGCUUUAAGAAGAAUUCCAUUUUCACUGGGAAAAGGAUUGAAUUUAGGUGUUGGAGUGUACACACUUGUAAGAUCAUGUCCAAAACCAUAUGGUGUAAAACUGUCCAGAAAUACAAAUGAAGAAUUGAAAACCCACACCAAAAGUUAUCUAGAAGAUACUGGUGAGGUAUUGAUGCCACAAGAUUUGAAAAAGGCUCAGACAUAUGGUGGAAGGAGAAUUUGUUUUGAAAAUGAUGAAGUGACAGAAAUUAAACGCUUUGAAGAGCCAGGGUUUUACCUGAUGGGGUUUAAACCUAGAGCCAGUCUAAAGAAAUAUUAUCAUGUUAAACCAGGACAGUUCAUAUAUCCAGAUGAAAAUACUGUCAGUGGAAGUACAACACUGUUUUCAGCUUUGUUGAAGAAGUGUUUGGAUAGAGGAGUGAUGCCUAUAUGUAAAUAUAUUCCUGGGAAAAAUUUCCCACCAAGAUUUGCUGCAUUGGUGCCACAGGAAGAAGAAUUAGAUGAGCACAAAGUGCAGAUAACUCCACCAGGAUUUCAUGUCGUAAUUCUGCCUUUUGCUGAUGAUUUUAGGAAAGUUAAACUUGAUGAAACAGUUAGAGCAAAUACAGAACAGAUAGACAAAGCAAAGGACAUGAUCAAAAAGUUAGCAUUUACCUUCAACAGUGAAAGCUUUGAAAACCCAGUAUUACAGAAAUAUUGGAGAAAUAUAGAAGCUUUGGCAUUGGACAGAGAUGAACCUGAAGAAAUGGUGGAUUAUACAAUGCCAAAUGAUGCAGGAAUGACAAAAAGAGCAGGAAAGUUGAUAGAUGAAUUUAAAGAUCUGGUAUUUCCUGCUGGAUAUGAACCAGGAAAGAAAAGGAAAGCAGGAUCUGCUGCAGAUCCAGCUGCUAAGAAAGCUAAAACUGAUGGGGCAUUGGCCACGUUGGAUGCUAAAACAGAAGCUGAAAAUGGAAGGUUGGGCAAGCUGACAGUAGCUUUGUUACAAGAAGUAUGUAAGAAACAAGGAAUCACUCCAGCAAGUAAAAAGAAGGCGGAUCUUAUUGAAGCAAUUAAUGAUCAUUUUGGUGUUUGAUACGUCAAAGGGAAGAAACUCUUUUGUAUGGCAGCGUAACUAAUGUGACCAAAAGUUUUACAUUAAAAGGACAACAUGUUCAUUAAAAGGAAUUUUCUUUUGUAAUUUUAAUCCACAAGUCAUCAUUAGGAAGCAAAGGUUCUUUUGAGCAGAGUCCAUUACUGAAUCAAUACAUUGUACGGAGAUAUUUGUCAAAUAGAUUAUGAAAUUUUAUGUUGAAAAAUGUCAAAUUUCAGCUGUAGUUGCUUUUUAUUAGAUUUUGUAUUAAGGUUAUUUUUGUAAGAAAUAGAGAUUUAGAUACUGUAACAUUGUUAAUGCUUAAAUGUUGUUGAGUAAUGUGAAUGAUUAGUAAACGUAGAUA